AUGAUUCCCAAGCUGUGCAGACGCCUCCCCCAAUCCGAGCCAUGCAACCUCUUACCACACACACUUGAUGCUGGGUUAUUGCGGGGAGAGUCUAUUUCGAACUUGCAAACAGAUUCGCAGGUGAGUAGCCAACAGGGUGAAACCAUGGAAGACAGUGAGGAAGAGGUCAACAUGGAAGACUUGGUGCUAGACAAUGAGACAAUCCAAAUUUUGAGUGAGGAUGAAUGCGUCAUGUCCCCUCGAAAAGUGCUGCCACCCCCUGGUGAUGAGCCCAUCUUCGCAGCAGAGGCAAAGCCCGAGGCAAAUGUGCCACCAGGCAUUGGUGAGCCACCUGCCGAGGAGGUUGUGGAGGCUACCCUGGAAGCAUAUGGCAUUGACCUGUGGGCAGCCCCAGAACAGCCCAGUUCCAUUGUGGAUCCCAAAAGGAUGAGGAGCCUUUGA